UUACCUAAUUUUUACGAGAUAUUACGAAUUUAUUGUAAAAUUGGCUUAAUUUACGAGUGUUUUUCGUUAACGUCGAAUCGGUGAAUUCGGAAGAGCGAGGCCUCUGGACUCUGGGCUAUUGCUCUCGCAAUCAGUGCGAUAGGAAACUUCACUUUCGCUCGUGCAAAAUUCUCCCUCUAUACUUUUAAUUAUUCAUUAAUGAAAAUUAAAAUCCGGUGUACUGCUUUGUCCGUAGCAAGAGCGAGGCUUCAGGGUGUUCUGUGGAAUCGACGUUCAAACAAAACAACAGUUACGAACGCAAAGUGAAACUAAUUUGCAACGAGGGCACGUUUCCGUAUAACGUUACUUUGUUUCUCCGUGAGUCAUAAACACAUGGUGUUUACAUGCGACCGAAAAAUGUAUUCUACAGUCGUCCUCAAUUGUAAAAUAGCUAGUUAAAAAUUUACUAUUAAACGGUUAAACGAGAUACGGUUCAGAUGUCUUUCAAUGAUGACUUUGAUAAACCGUUUGAGAACUGUGAACCCCUUCAAUGGGGAGCAUUACGGGAAUUAUGCAAUGCUAACGCAGAAUACUUUAUGUCUCAUCAAGACGAAAAUGCUGUUAGAAUUAGAGCUGCGCUAUUGGCGAUAUUGGAUCACUUAAAGCGAUUACUACCGCUAUAUAAAGAAAUUAAUAGGAUCGCGUCGAUGUUUGACUUUAAUGCAGAAACUCCUGGUAAUGGAUAUAGAAGUUUUCUAGUCUUGGUAGAUAAAUGUAUCAUACACUCGCGUGCAAUCUGUCAUCAAAUAUAUUGUCAAAAGGACUCUAUAUUUUUUCGCAAAAGCUCUCAUGCAAGGGAAAUAGAAGCUUGUUUGCAAUUGAUAGCAUCCUUGUGCACUUGCUUGGAGCACUUGAAAACCCUGUAUUCGUGGAGCGAGGAAACAAACGAUGGAAAACCGUCUCUUUUUAUAAAUCAUGAACAUAAUCUCCAUGAAAUUUUACAUGAAAUAGAUAGUAUUAAUCAGUAUUGUUUUUAUGGAAGAUGUUUAGGAUUUCAGUUUCACGACAACUUAAAACCUAUUUUAAAAACUAUUUUGGUUUGUAUGGUUACAUUUAGCGAAGCAUUUUACGCUAAUGGAACAUUGUUGGCACGAUGUACUAAUUCCGUCAAAUACAUGUUAGACCCUGAGACAAGGGCACGCCGUUUCGUAGACGUGUCACGACGUGCCGAUAUAUCUUUCUGUCAAGCCUUUUGGUUUCUUAACGAGACUGAUAUUGUACGCAAAUUACCAUCUAUAACAUCACCAUCGUUGGUAAUAAAUCAAAUAAUUUCUAUUCCGCCCGAAGAAUUGAUGCUUCCCGCGUUAGAUGGGACAACAGUGUCAAUUCCAAUACCCAAUAGUCAUAUUGGGAAGAAGCCUAUACAUGUUAGAUUACUAAGCUCCAAACGCCGUCUGGGAAUGGUUGGUUCAGGUGGAGUAGGAGGAGAGCUGCUCGGAUUGUCAAAUGAACUGAUAAUUCAUUGUCACGGUGGAGGUUUCGUAGCGCAAACUUCGCUAUCUCAUGAAACAUACUUAAUCUCCUGGGCUACAAGCCUUGGUAUACCCAUUUUAAGCAUCGAUUACAGUUUAGCUCCUGAAGCUCCAUUCCCCCGUGCAUUGGAAGAAGUGUUGUACGCAUAUGCAUGGGCUUUAAAUCAUGCGAGUACUUUACUUGGGAGUACAAUACAAAAGAUAUUUCUUGUGGGUGAUUCUGCUGGGGCUAACUUAAAUUUGGGAGUUACUUUGAAGUGCAUACAAAUGAAUAUCAGAAAACCAGAUGGAAUAUUUAUGGCGUACUCACCAGUACUUGUCGAUUUUGUAUUGUCACCGUCACGAUUACUUUGUCUCACAGAUCCAUUACUACCCAUGGGAUUCCUUAUACGUUGCUUAAAAGCAUAUGCAGCUUCUUCGGAUAACAAAAAAUCUUUGAGAGAGAAAGAAACUGAUGUCGCUGAAUGUAUGAAAUCAGAUACAGAAUCUUUUGCGGAAGUAAGCGAGAGCGACUUAAUAGCAUUAGCUCUCAGUCCUAAUGGGGAUGAAACAAACGAUGGACAUAAAUUGGCGUCGUUGCCAUCCGAUACUACGUUGAAUUCUGUUAGUCUAACAGAAGCCGAUGGAACGGAACAUCCUGUGGAACAAGGAAAAUCUCAAGAGUAUAUCAACAGAUUUUUAGAAUUAUAUCGAAAUUCUGGUACAAAUGCUGCGGCGUAUAUUGGAAGCGAUACUGUUAGCGUGGUGGACAAUAAUAUUUCAGGGAAUGGCAAAUCUUGGUCACUCUUUGGUUGGUCUCUUAGAGGAAGACACAAACAGUCCAGAGAGCUCGACAUAGAAACUGUGAAAAGUCCUUUGGAAGAAUUUACAUUUACCGUGCCCAAGGAUCCAUUUAUAAGUCCUUAUCUCGCACCAGAUAAUCUCUUAUCACAAUUACCACCUGUUAAAAUUCUGACAUUGGAGCUGGAUCCGUGCCUCGAUGAUUCUGUCAUGUUUGCAAGAAAACUUCAAUUGCUUGGUGUACUAGUCACGCUUGAUAUAUUACCCGGUUUACCGCACGGAUUUCUUAACCUAUCACCGAUGUCAAAAGAAGCUAGUGAAGGAUCAGAUAUAUGUGUCAAGAAAAUAAAAGAGCUACUAGCAUUAUAAUUAUAUGCAUAUAGCAAAUAUUUAUUAAAGCAUAAAUGUUAAAUAUGUGGGAACAAAAAAGUUUCUUUGCUGCUGUUUAUGUUUAGAUAUAAUUUAUAAUUACUUUUUUUAAAUGGAGAUUAACUGCGACAACUUGAAAUAUUAAAAAGUUUUAUUUAAAGUUAAUCGUUACACUACGUUUACACCAAGUUUAUUGAAUUUAAUCACAUGUUCCGUAAUGAUAUUUUAUACAAUGUAUUUAAUGUUAUAUUUCUUCGUCCGUAACAACAGUUGUUUUUAUAAUAAAUUCAAUUAAAUGUAAAAAAAAUUCUUAAACAGAUCAAAUGUACAAACAAUUAUGCUUACAAAAUAUAAUAAUUAAAUUUAUUAUUU